AUGUCACUAAUCGAACAAGUCAUAACAUUGCCGUCCAAUGACGAUACUGGUAAAUUUAUUAAAGCUGCAGGUUAUUUUCUACACAAUUUGCAUUGUAUAUAUUUAGAUUCUACGACAUUUUUUGCAUUACCAAAUGAAUUAUUUGAAUGCAUAUUUAUCUAUUUGUCGUCAACCGAUCUGGUAUAUUCCUUUUUGAAUAUCUCACAUCCUCGUCUAAACGCUCUCAUCUACCGUUUCAUAUCGCGAAUAAAUUUAUCAAAUGCAUCAAAUCAAUGGUUAGUAGAAUAUCUGCCACAUAUUCAAUCAAUGAUUACGGCUAUGCAAUUAAAUGACUACCAACUUGAUACAAUCUUUCCCGAAAUAUCAUUCGAUAAAUAUCCCAAACUUCAAUGUGUUCAUGUGUACAAUAUACCUAAUAAUAAUGUUAAAUGUUUAUCGUAUAUAUCUCUAUUUAAAACACGAUUAUCAUCAUUAAAAAUAGUUAUGGAAAAUGCUUCUUCUGAAGUAUCAGAUCAUUCGUAUUUAACACUAUUACAACCUGAAAAUUGUUCAUUAGAAAUAUUAUCGCUUUCUAAUUUAUUGUUAGACAUUUAUCACUAUCAUAUUCGUCCAUUAAUGAUUAAACAAUUGACAGUGCUUAAUUUAUGCCGUUUACAUGAUUUAUUCCUAUUAUUUGAACAUUUACCAUUUAUCGAAUAUGUGAAAAUUGGUGUAUGUGAAUUGAAUAAUCCAGAAGAAGUUUAUAAUUACGAUAAUAUAAUAAGCAGUACAUCAUUAUCAAAACAACUACAUACAAUCGAUCUUCAUAUAUCCCAUCAUUGUGAUGAAUAUACAUACAAAUAUCUUGAAUUAUUAAUUCUACGAUUUUUUAUCUCAUUAAAAUAUUUAACAUUGGAUAUUGUACUCAUCGGUCUAUUAGAUGUUAAUCGAUUAGAGAAAUUUUUUAAAUUAAAACAAUUUCAAUUUCGUAUACAAAUGAUUUCAUCAUCAUAUUUUUGUCCUCUUAAUAUGGCAACAUUUCCAACCUAUUCACAUGUAAUCUGUUACUCUAAUUCUCAGGAUAAUAUUCAAACAUUACUAUCUUUACCUAAUGUAUUUGAUCUUUUUGAUCAAGUAUCGAAUAAUAUUAUCAAUUAUCGUUCAAAUAUAAAUAAUCUUAUAAGAUUAACAAGAGUAAAACAAAUUAAAUUAUACGAUACGAAAUGUUAUACAAUACAAUUUUUUAAAUUUAUUAAACAAACAUUUCCAAAUGUUAUUACAUUAGAAUUCUUUCACUAUUGUUAUCUAGCUGAUGAUCUAAUCAAUGAUAAUAAUAUAACAAUAGAUUCAAUUCGUUCCUUGUAUAUUCAUGCAUCACCCGACUAUCGUAGAAUUAAACGUCUUUUAUUAUUGACACCUAAUAUAAAAAAUCUCUCAGCUUCUUAUCAGACAUUAUUAAAAUUAAAAAAUGGUUUACAAGAUGAAGAUUAUUUAUUACAACAAAUAUGUCAACAAAUAGUCAUUUUACGUAUUCAUUCGAUGAAUAAAGGUGAUGAAAUGAAAAGUGUAUUUAUAAAUGCUACAAUUAUUUAA